AUGGCGCUCAAGGUGGAUGUGGCCAUGCGCAUGGGAAGCGCAAAAGUGAAGCUUGUCCAGGAACAGCAGCUCAACAAGGAGAAUGACAAUGUGGAGAACAACAACAAGGAGAACAACAACAAGGAGAAUGACAAUGAGGGCCACAGCUUGUGUGAAGCAGGCUUUGCAAUCAUGGAUGAGGUCAAUGACCAGGCCAAGGGUGGCCACCCUUGCCUCUAUCAACAUCAGGAGGCGACAGAGGAAGAGCUCAAUGAACAUGAGCUCUUCCUCUGA